AUGUCCCGCCGCAAACAGGGCAACCCGCAGCACUUGUCCCAGAGGGAGCUCAUCACCCCAGAGGCUGAACAUGUGGAGGCCACCAUCCUUGAAGAAGAUGAGGGUCUGGAGAUAGAGGAGCCAAGCGGCCUGGGGCUGAUGGUGGGUGGCCCCGACCCUGACCUGCUCACCUGUGGCCAGUGUCAGAUGAACUUCCCCCUGGGGGACAUCCUGGUUUUUAUAGAGCACAAGAAGAAGCAGUGUGGCGGCAGCCUGGGUGCCUGCUAUGACAAAGGCCUGGACAAAGGUAGCCCGCCACCCUCCUCGCGCUCCGAGCUCAGGAAAGUGUCCGAGCCGGUGGAGAUUGGGAUCCAGGUCACCCCCGAUGAAGAUGACCACCUGCUCUCACCCACGAAAGGCAUCUGCCCCAAGCAGGAGAACCUGGCAGGGCCGUGCAGGCCUGCCCAGCCGCCAGCGAUGGCCCCCAUAGCUGCCUCCUCCUCCCACCCUCACACAUCGGUGAUCACUUCACCUCUGCGGGCCCUGGGCGCCCUCCCGCCCUGCAUCCCCCUGCCGUGCUGCAGCGCGCGCCCUGUCUCGGGCGACGGCACUCAGGGUGAGGGGCAGAUGGAGGCUCCCUUUGGAUGCCAGUGUCAGUUGUCAGGUAAAGAUGAGCCUUCCAGCUACAUUUGCACAACAUGCAAGCAGCCCUUCAACAGCGCGUGGUUCCUGCUGCAGCACGCGCAGAACACGCACGGCUUCCGCAUCUACCUGGAGCCCGGGCCGGCCAGCAGCUCGCUCACGCCGCGGCUCACCAUCCCGCCGCCGCUUGGGCCCGAGGCCGUGGCGCAGUCCCCGCUCAUGAAUUUCCUGGGCGACAGCAACCCCUUCAACCUGCUGCGCAUGACGGGCCCCAUCCUGCGGGACCACCCGGGCUUCGGCGAGGGCCGCCUGCCCGGCACGCCGCCGCUCUUCAGCCCGCCGCCGCGCCACCACCUGGACCCGCACCGCCUCAGUGCCGAGGAGAUGGGGCUCGUGGCCCAGCACCCCAGUGCCUUCGACCGAGUCAUGCGCCUGAACCCCAUGGCCAUCGACUCGCCCGCCAUGGACUUCUCGCGGCGGCUCCGUGAGCUGGCGGGGAACAGCUCCACGCCGCCACCCGUGUCGCCCGGCCGCGGCAACCCUAUGCACCGGCUCCUCAACCCCUUCCAGCCCAGCCCCAAGUCCCCGUUCCUGAGCACGCCGCCGCUGCCCCCCAUGCCCCCCGGCGGCACGCCCCCGCCGCAGCCGCCGGCCAAGAGCAAGUCCUGCGAGUUCUGCGGCAAGACCUUCAAGUUCCAGAGCAAUCUCAUCGUGCACCGGCGCAGCCACACGGGCGAGAAGCCCUACAAGUGCCAGCUGUGCGACCACGCGUGCUCGCAGGCGAGCAAGCUCAAGCGCCACAUGAAGACGCACAUGCACAAGGCCGGCUCGCUGGCCGGCCGCUCCGACGACGGGCUGUCGGCCGCCAGCUCCCCGGAGCCCGGCACCAGCGAGCUGACCGGCGAGGGCCUCAAGGCGGCCGACGGCGACUUCCGCCACCACGAGAGCGACCCGUCGCUGGGCCACGAGCCCGAGGAGGAGGACGAGGAGGAGGAGGAGGAGGAGGAGGAGCUGCUGCUGGAGAACGAAAGCCGGCCCGAGUCGAGCUUCAGCAUGGACUCGGAGCUGAGCCGCAACCGCGAGAACGGGGGCGGCGGGGUGCCCGGCGCGGGCGGCGGCGCGGCCAAGGCGCUGGCCGACGAGAAGGCGCUGGUGCUGGGCAAGGUCAUGGAGAACGUGGGCCUGGGCGCGCUGCCGCAGUACGGGGAGCUGCUGGCCGACAAGCAGAAGCGCGGCGCCUUCCUGAAGCGCGGGCCGGGCGGCGGCGACACGGGCGACGACGACGACGCGGGCGGCUGCGGCGACGCGGGCGCGGGCGGCGCGGUCAACGGGCGCGGGGGCGGCUUCGCGCCGGGCGCCGAGCCCUUCCCGGGCCUCUUCCCGCGCAAGCCGGCGCCGCUGCCCAGCCCGGGGCUCAACAGCGCGGCCAAGCGCAUCAAGGUGGAGAAGGACCUGGAGCUGCCGCCCGCCGCGCUCAUCCCCUCCGAGAACGUGUACUCGCAGUGGCUCGUGGGCUACGCGGCGUCGCGCCACUUCAUGAAGGACCCCUUCCUGGGCUUCACGGACGCGCGCCAGUCGCCCUUCGCCACGUCGUCCGAGCACUCGUCCGAGAACGGCAGCCUGCGCUUCUCCACGCCGCCCGGGGACCUGCUGGACGGCGGCCUGUCGGGCCGCAGCGGCACGGCCAGCGGGGGCAGCACGCCGCACCUGGGGGGCCCGGGCCCGGGGCGGCCGAGCUCCAAGGAGGGCCGCCGCAGCGACACGUGCGAGUACUGCGGCAAGGUGUUCAAGAACUGCAGCAACCUGACGGUGCACCGGCGGAGCCACACCGGCGAGCGGCCUUACAAGUGCGAGCUGUGCAACUACGCGUGCGCGCAGAGCAGCAAGCUCACGCGCCACAUGAAGACGCACGGGCAGAUCGGCAAGGAGGUGUACCGCUGCGACAUCUGCCAGAUGCCCUUCAGCGUCUACAGCACCCUGGAGAAACACAUGAAAAAGUGGCACGGCGAGCACUUGCUGACUAACGACGUCAAAAUCGAGCAGGCCGAGAGGAGCUAA